UGGAGGCCCACGCGCACAUCAUCCUGGAGCGGAGCUCUACUCGGUUACACUGAACCUGCUGAAGCGUUAAGGACGCACGAGGCGUUUGAAAAGACCGAGGGGCCAAAAAAUGGACGUUUUCAUGAAAGGGCUUUCUAAAGCUAAAGAAGGCAUGGCGGUGGCCGCGGAAAAAACCAAGGAAGGCGUGGCGGUGGCGGCGGAGAAGACCAAGGAAGGCGUCAUGUUCGUGGGCAGCAAGACCAAAGACAGCGUGGCCACGGUGGCUGAGAAGACGAAGGAGCAGGCGUCUCAGCUCGGGGGCGUCGUCCUCUCUGGAGCCGGAAACAUCGCCGCGGCCACCGGGCUCAUGAAGAAGGACGAGUUUCCCUCUGACAUGAACACUGAAGAGUUCGGUCAGGAGGCCACUGAGGAACAGAUGGGGGAGGCGAUGGUCGACCCAGAGGGAGGAGCAUACGAUGAGAAUCAGCAGGAGCAGAGCCAGGACUACGAACCUGAAGCAUAAAGCAACCAUUCCAACGUCAAUGUUAACCAGCAGCACAAUAAUAUUUCUAUGAAUAAGAAGGACAAAACGCUGAACUCACUCCAAUAAAUGAAACAAAAACACACACAAAAAAUCGACAGUUAUUCCUGCUGAAACAUGUUCUUCCUAUCAGAUCUCUCUAUAUAAAUAUAUAUAAAUAUAAAUAAAUAUAAAUAUACUUUUAUUAUGAUCUAUUGUAAAUGUCCUGUAGCGUGGUGAGUAUUGUUUUCUUUAUUGACUGCGGGGCGAAGCCUUGUCUCGUUUCCUUGAUUCCCUCCCAAUGAAACGCGACCCACUCGCCCUUCGUGGCUCUUCGUGCCUGUGUACAUGUGUUUCUAUUUGUGUAAUAGAUGUUUCUGAUCUUCCAAUGCCAUACUGGGGGAGAACAAAAUAAAUUAAUAUAUAUAUAUAUAUUCGGGUAUACAU